CAGUCCGAACGGAGACGCGCACAAGUUAGCGAGCGCGAGCUCGACUGCGCGACCAAACACUGCACCUGCAGCACAGUUUAAUGCGCUGAUAUUGAUUUUUACAGCUUUUGUUGUUGUAUUGCUGCGAGUCUUCGGUUCAGGAAGUCGAAGCCGUUGAAGAGAGGAAGAGGAGGAGGAGGAGGAGAGGUUUUUCAGCAGGAUUUUGAGCUCGCGCUUGUUGGGAGAGAGGAAGGAAUGUCCCAGAAAGAGAGACCCGCUUUCUACAGACAGGAGCUUAAUAAAACAUUUUGGGAGGUACCAGAGAGGUACCAGAACCUCGCUCCGGUCGGUUCGGGCGCUUAUGGAUCUGUAUGCUCGGCGUAUGACGUAAAGACGGGUCUGAAGGUCGCCGUGAAGAAGCUGUCGCGACCUUUCCAGUCCAUCAUCCACGCCAAGCGCACCUACCGAGAACUGCGGCUACUCAAGCACAUGAAACAUGAGAAUGUGAUCGGCCUGUUGGAUGUUUUCACGCCUGCCACCAAUCUCGAGGAAUUUACCGAUGUGUACCUGGUGACUCACCUAAUGGGUGCCGACCUCAACAACAUCGUCAAAUGCCAGAAGCUAACAGACGACCAUGUGCAGUUCCUCAUCUAUCAGAUUUUGCGUGGCCUAAAGUACAUUCAUUCAGCCGACAUCAUCCACAGAGACCUGAAACCCAGUAACCUGGCUGUAAAUGAAGACUGUGAGCUUAAGAUCCUGGACUUUGGCCUGGCGAGACAUACGGAUGAUGAGAUGACUGGCUAUGUGGCCACGCGAUGGUAUCGUGCUCCUGAGAUCAUGCUGAACUGGAUGCACUACAACAUGACAGUGGACAUAUGGUCUGUGGGCUGCAUCAUGGCCGAGCUUCUCACUGGACGGACUCUGUUUCCUGGCACCGAUCAUAUUGAUCAGUUGAAGCUUAUCAUGAUGCUCGUCGGAACCCCAGGGCCCGAGCUCUUGAUGAAAAUAUCUUCAGAGUCUGCCAGAAACUACAUAAAUUCUUUGCCGCACAUGCCAAAGAGGAACUUCGCAGAUGUGUUCAUUGGUGCAAACCCAUUAGCCGUGGACCUGCUGGAGAAGAUGCUGGUUUUGGACACAGAUACGCGGAUCACAGCCUCAGAGGCGUUGGCCCACUCGUACUUCGCGCAGUACCACGACCCGGACGACGAGCCCGAGGCUGAGCCGUACGACCAGAGCUUUGAGAGCCGGGAGCUGGACAUCGAGGAGUGGAAAAGGCUGACGUAUGAAGAAGUUCUGAGCUUUGAGCCGCCCGUGUUUGAUGGAGAUGAGAUGGAGCCGUGAGUCUAUCCUUCCUCGCCUCCAUGAGAGACAGAAGCUGCCUCAUACCCACCAGAAAACACAUGCGCACACACACACACACACACACACACACAGCGUUAUAGUAAUGGAACAGUCUGACCAAAAACUGUCAAUGCUCAUAAUGACUAUAAGGCAGUACCUUUGAAUUACCAUCAAGUAAAUAAGAUUUAGGGGCAAUUUAUUUCUAUUAAUGGAUUAGGGACAUUAGCAUUAGCAGUUUGGUCACAAGUGCCUGUGCCAUCAUUCAGUACCGGCUUCCCGAUUAUCAGAGACUAUUAACUGAUGGAGGAAAAAGAGAAAACACACAUGCACGCACUCCUCCGCUACGGACACUGAGAAUGUAGAGUAUUACUGGGUAAUAUUUUUUUUUCUCUGUUGCUGUUGUUAUUGGUUCUGUUUCUUUCUCUCCGUUUUUGUUUCAGAUGUCAUUUUAAAAUGAUAGUAGAAUUUUCAUAAAAAAUCUUAUUUAAAUUUGUGGUUUUGGGGGAAGAGCAAUAAGUCUACUUCUCUCUCACACGUUUUUAGCCUGUAGUUUAUUCCCAAUAGUACAGUCCACUUGCUUUCAGCCUGACAGCCAUGAGGCAUUCUUAAACGAGAAGAAUUAGUGUUUUUAGAGCUGUAAAUAAAACAUUACGCUUGUAAAUAAACGAGAUUUUGCAGGAGCGUUAGUUUUAAGAAGUUGUAGCCACUGUUGGGCAUCAUGAAUUGAAUCAGUCAAUGAAUGUAAAAUAGAGUUGCAGGAUUGGCUCAUGUCUAUGUGUCAACCCUCUCGCUUCAUCUCUCUUCAACCCCAAAGUUUAUCUGUCACACGAAUUCUCACAGGGCUUCCUCACUUUUGCUCCUAACCAGCCCCAUGCACAAGCCUUUCAUGUAUCGAGUGCACUUGACUGCCUGAUUUAGGCACGUUUUCGGCUCGUAGGGAGCAAAAAUGUGGAGCGGCUAGUGUCUCUGGAAACAUCGUACAACUGCCAUAAUUUUGUUCUUCCAAACUGUAGAAAAUCUUUCUAAGUUUGUGCUUGAUGAGCAAAACAAUGCCUGCCUUCCUUCUUUUACAAGGGCAGAUCAUGGGAUUCUUUUUCUAUUUAUAAAUAGGAAAAUUCACCAGAGGUUUGAGAUGCGUCGUGUAUUUGUUUCUUGCGCCAUCUUUAGACAAAACGCGCACCUGACUUUCCUGUCUUGCAGCCUGGCUCUCUGGCCUCUUUCUCGUGCUGUUGUAUCUUAUUAUAUAUACCACUGCAAAAUGGUGAAUCCAAACACAAUCACACAGUUUCGAGUGUGGAGAGUCAUAGUUCCAGUAGGAACGUGUCUCUGGGUGUCCUGUACCGUCACAAUCCUCCAUCAGGUUGCCUUUUUUUGUUUUCUCACAGACUGAUGAAUCAUCAUUUGCUGGUAUUUUGAACAGGUCUCUGUGCUGCUUAAAACCGCGUCAAUCUGAGCCAGAAAUCUGAGUGUGAUCCCAUUUUAGCACAGAAGACCAGCUCCAAUAAUGAGGGUACAUGCCAACCCUAAACUAUUCUACUAAAUAUUAUAAGACAUACACACAACAUAGUGACAUACUAUUGUGAUAUUCCGGUUAAUGGGGUUUGGGACACAGAUUUUUCUUUUUUAACAGUAAACCGUGCCAGCAUCUAACUUAUUAUAUUAGUAAUAUUUGUUAAGAUUAUUUCGAGUGUGUUUUCCAUGGUGUAUAUUAUUAAUUUCAUUUUGCAAUAUUCUUUUUUGAGCAUGAAAUGCAAAUGCUUGAGGGAAUGUAAGGCUUUUUUUGUAUGUUUAAAAUAAUUCAUUACAAUCACAGAUGUGGUCAGUUAUACACCAGGUUAUCCAUAACCCUGUUGUUUUCUUGUGGUCUGUUUGUAAUACAAAAGGAAAUACGUUUACGUCCUUUUGUACCACUCGGCUAAUUCAUCAGAGCAAACAGCUGACAACAUGUAAACCACUGGUAGUACAAUAAAGGCAAUUAUUAUUUUUCAUCA